GUCAAGGCUUUCGUGUGCGCGAGAUGUUGGAAGGGGCGGAGGCUGAGCACCGACUCCAGUAUAUACACGAUGAAGGUUGGGUGUUGGGGAGGUUCCCAGCGCAUGUUGCAAAGCAGCAAAUCAAGGUUGGGAAAGGCGGCUAAAGAGUAACCGAAACAACGCAUCCUUUUGGGAGGAGAACGAAGAAAGGAGGAAACGACAGAAGAUCUCGUAGGGCCGAAGAUACACUCGAAUAUACGCUAUUCUUUAGGACAACCAAGAGAAGAAAGCAGUGCUAUAAAGAUCCAAACGAAACCAAAUUUAUGGCUGGGAUUGGACAAAUUAUCACUAAGAGAGUGGUAAACUUUUCAUUAAACUGAAUGGAAUUAACCUUCCCCCUCUUCCAACUGAAAACUAAGCAAACAAACAAACAAAAAAGGCAGGCCCUGGUUUCAUCUUUAUUAUGGUGGUUUUUGUUUUUCACAUUUUGAGCCGUCGUGUAUAAAUUUCUUGGUCAGGUAUGAAACAGAUAGUUUCUUUAAUUUAUAGAAACCUUGCAAAUUAAUUGUUUUUUCUGCAAUUUAAAAGUUUUUUUUUUUUUUAUAUAUUUUGGUUUAAAUCUUUCCUCGUCAGUGUUGGGUUUUUUUUUCCUCUCUUUUUUUAAUCUGCCAUUAUUGGACUUGUUAGACAAUGCUUUACCUGAAAAAGUAUUUCACGGAGGGACUUAUUCAGUUCACAAUUUUGCUAAGCCUGAUUGGCAUAAGAGUUGAUGUGGAUACAUAUUUGAAUUCCCAGUUGCCACCACUGCGAGAAAUCAUUUUGGGACCCAGUUCUGCUUACACCCAAACCCAGUUUCACAAUCUGAGGAACACCCUGGAUGGCUAUGGCAUCCAUCCCAAGAGUGUUGAUCUAGAUUACUACUUCACAGCACGUCGGUUACUCAGUGAGGUUCGAUCAUUGGACAGGCUACAGGUGCCCAGCACAGAACUCAGUGCCUGGCUAGUACAUCGUGACCCAGAGUGCUCUGUAUCCAAUAGCCAAGUCAACCCCACCAUUACCCUGGAGAAUGCCAAUAGUCUGGAGGAGGUGGCCAACUCUGAGACCUCAACAAUGAGGAAUAAUGGAAGUUUAGAUCCAUUAUACAGUGAAGAAAUGGAUGAGAAUCGAGGAGCUGUGGCCCGAGAUGACCAUGAUGAUGACCUAACCAAAGAGGACAUAGAUUUAAUUGAUAUUUUAUGGCGGCAAGAUAUCGACUUGGGGGCAGGCCGUGAUGUGUUCGAUUAUAGCAACCGGCAAAAAGACAAUGAAGUGGAGAAGCCACAGAGUGAUGACAGAGAGUAUGGCGAGAGCUGGAGGAAUGGCCUGAACUUACGAGGAACUCCGGACUCGUUGCCUGUAGAUGGCGAGACAGGAGAGAGCAUUCCCGAGCAAGUUACUGGCCUUACGGAUCAGACUGCCUUAUCCUUACAAGAAUGUCUUCGUUUGCUAGAGGCCACAUUUCCUUUUGGUGAAGAAGCGGAGUUUUCAGGCACUGUUUGUCCUGAAUUGGAAGGCCCUUCAACGUCUUCUUCUCAGACACCACUGCUGUCCCCUCUACUGCCAUCCGCAGAUGUUCCUCUGGACCUAGAGCAACAAUGGCAGGACAUUAUGGCCCUCAUGGAGCUUCAGGAGAUGGAAGUAAAUAGCUCAUUAGACACCUCAUUUAACGGACAUUCUGGGGAAGGGCCUUCUGAUGAUUUCAAUCUGUCCAGCAACACUCCUAUAAAUGAAGAUGUAAGUCUGCACCAAGCCUCCCUUCCCAGCUGCAGCCAAGACUUUCCUGUUUUUUUCAACCCGGAGUUAGUAAACUCCUGCACCAUGGAGACUGGACCUCCUGAAACCCUUUUAAGCCUGUCUUCAAGCAAUUCCACUGAUGUCAAUGCCACCUUUGGAGCCACUAACCUCACUGACAUGUUUCUCCCUCCUCCUCUCAACGAUACUUCUAACAGCACAGCAACCCCAGACCUUGCUGACCCCAUCAGUACUUUACUGGAGGAAGCAAUGCUGGAUGAGAUUAGUUGGUUGGAUCUUGCCAUGGAAGAAGGGUUCAGUCAAGCACAGGCAUCUCAGCUGCAGGAGGAGUUGGACUCUGACUCUGGACUUUCUCUUGAUUCUGGCCACAGCCCAGCUUCUCCAAGUAGCUCGGAAACGUCAUCCUCCUCCUCCUCCUCCUCCUCUUCUUCCUCCUCCUCCUCUUCUUUCUCUGAGGAGGGUGCUGUGGGAUAUAACACUGAUUCUGAAACAGUUGAUUUUGAUGAAGGAGCUGUUGGGGGCUAUCAACCAGAGUACAGCAAGUUUUGUCGAAUGAGCUACCAAGAUCCUUCUCAGUUCCACUAUCUACCCCAGCUUGAGCAUGUCAACCAUAAUCACACUUAUAACAUACCCCCAAGCUCACCACAGGAAGAUGAACUAAACCUUACUGUUGGUGCCAGCAAGAAGUCCAAUGGUGCAAGAGAUAGGCAUCAUGAGGACUUUAUAGAUAGACAGUCUAGCCGUGAUGAGAAAAGAGCAAGGGCCAUGAAGAUCCCUUUUUCUAACGAGAAGAUCAUCAACCUUCCUGUUGAAGAAUUCAAUGAGCUCAUUUCUAAGCACCACUUGAGUGAGGCACAGUUAACUCUUAUUCGAGACAUUCGCAGACGAGGCAAGAACAAGAUGGCUGCACAGAAUUGCCGCAAGCGUAAGUUGGACACCAUUCUUAAUUUAGAGCACAGUGUUGAUGACCUGCGCAAGGACAAGUCCAGGCUUCUCAAGGAGAAAAUGGAGUUCAUCCGGUCCAUCCGACAGAUGAAGCAGAAAGUGCAGGACCUUUACCAAGAGGUGUUCAAUCGGCUGCGGGAUGAGAAUGGCAGGCCCUACCCAGCUAAUGAGUAUUCCCUGCAGUAUGGGAGUGACGGCAGUGUAAUUGUGAUGCCCAGGAACUUGGCGGUUGAACAGGGCAGGAAGCCAGAUAAGAAACACAAAGACAAGAAGAAAUGAAAUUCUGUUUGAAGAUGAUGCUUGGGACUCUUGUGGAAAAGAGAAAAUUAAAAUUCUUUUUUUCUUUUUUCCUACCAUGAAGCACAAUGGUUUGCUUUAGAAAGAAAAAAGACAAGCCCAACAAAAUGAGAUUUGAAUAGUAAAACUGAGAGCAGAGCUUACAGAAAAUUGUCUGCAUAAGUUUGUGUUAAAUCUGGCAUCUGCAGGUCAAUUUAGAAAGAGGAAGGGGGUUUUUAAUUUAAUGUUUCUGUCCUGUUCCCUCCCCCCCAAAAAAGGUGGCAAAUUCACUUUUAGGAAUGGAGGUCAACAGUGGGACUGGAUCACAAAUCUGUUUGCUUGUUUCAGUUGCUUGGGACUUAGUGGGCACAAGCCUGUCUCAUCCUGUGGAGGGUUAAAAGAGACUUCUGCUCCCUAAUAAUAGUAAUUGGGACAAAAGGUGUCUUCAUCCAUUAAAAGCCUCCCUGUGAGGUUUGUGGUUGUCCAUCUUGGAAUGUUGUGGCUUUUGGAAGAGGAAGAGCCAUGCUGUGAGGGUCAAGAAAAUGAAUGUUGGAAAGGACUCUGAGGAAGAAAGAAAUACUUUGCAUUUUAGAAAAUGUUUACCAAAGUUGUUUGCUGUCUUUUUUUUUUUUUUGUCCUUUUUCUUUGAUGGGUUUAAUUACUUGCACUUGGUAAAUGCACCUGGGCUGAGGGAAGUGUACACCUUUUCUGACUUCAUACAAAGCAGCUAGGAUUUUUCUUUAUACGGAGACUGGAGUUUAUUUGUGAAAAGGAAUGCUUGUCAUGCUUGAGGUGGCAAUAGGACAGCUGCUUAGCUUAGCCAGUGUGAGCUAGAUGGUGAGCCUUGCACGGAGAUGGUAAAUUGCAAGUAUAGACUGCUAAAGUUUCAGUGCUGAAGUUUCCAUAAUAUACAAUGUAAGAUUUAUUUGCAAAAAGAGGGAGAAGAAAUAGCCCAAGAGCUCUGCUUGCCUUCUUUAUGAGGAACGAGUUAUUGUUUAGAAAACGCUACCUAAAUUCUGCAGUUGUAAACUUAUUAGUAAAUUGACAAUAAAGCGCCAAAGGUUAGGGUUUCUCUCACCACAAUAGUAGUACAACAAUACUUUAUUGUUGGCUUUUUCACUCGCCUUAUAGUGUGCAGUAUUGAGCACCCACGAUGUGUUUUUUCAAGUACUAUAUUAAUUUAUCUAUAUACUUAAAAAUCAAGCAGAUAUACAGUGUAGCAAUCCAUUCAACUCAUAUUAUCAAUUGAGAAAAAAAAAUAUGUGUAUAGCACUCUUUGCUGGGCAUGGGCUCAUAGCACUGCAACAAGUUCACAGAUAAAGUUCAUUUGCAAACUUUACAAAUCACAAUGUACACACACACAGAUUAAAAAUAUAUAUUAUAAACACUCAUUAAACAAGGCAAUUUCAAACUGAGUUGUCUAUUGAUAUUAUCAUAGAGAAAUGUCCUGUUGACAAUGGAGGAAUUGGAAAACAAAAAGUCCAGUCAGUAGCAUUGAUUCCAUAAUACUGGUUUGCCCACAUUGUGCAGAUUGGGAGGCAGUUUUACUGGGUCAUGUGAUUUUAGUUAUGUCCAUUUAAUUCAUUUUAUUUUUGCAUAGUGCUCUUCAGUGAAUGCAGGCACAGUGACAAGUGCACACAUAGAUAAAACAUAAAACUACUUAUUACAUAAUGAAUACAUAUUUACAGACAGAGAUUUGUGUAAACAGACAGGAAAGCAAAGUAGUUUGAAGCUGAUUAACGUCAAUGGAACCCAACAGCAUUGGUCCACUAAUUAAUUGUUGAACUACAGCUAGUUGGCAGCAGAGGAGAGGAAAACAAAAACUCGGCUAGUAGCAUCCCUGGAGAAUAUACACCUCUGGGGGUCCACAGUUGGGUACAAAGCAAAGUCAUAAGAUUAAGUCAAGACACAGUCAUGGUAUUUGAUGUAGAUUUCAGUUAAAAAAUAAAAACACUGUGUGGGUUAAGAUCGUUUUUUAAUUAAGCAAGAUUAGGUGACAUGUAGGUAAUAAUACAUCACUUGGGGGGCUUCUCUCAUUAUCCAGUGCAUUUGCCAAUCUCUUAAUCAUUUUAUUUUCCUUAUAGAUUGAAUGCUUUAGGGCACUGAUGUUGUCCUUGCAGCUAUUUUCUGUGUCUGCCCUACAGAGAAGGAAACUGUAGGCUUGAGCUAGAGUUCUUGGCACUAUUUUGACCAUUAUCUUGGUCCUCUGCAAAAUGUGCAGUGCUUCAAAAUGAAGGGAGUCAUGCAACUCUGAUGUCGUUACAGGUAAAAUGAACUACCAUAACCUUUUUGACAUUUGCAUUAAUUACUUUUAUGUCGCUUUCCUUAAAAAAAAAA